CGUUAGCGAUCGGACGUCUACUCCGGAGCUCGUAGCAAUUACAUGUAGACUUAUCGUAGUACACAAAAUAUCGGACUGUAAAUAAAAUAUUUUAAUUUAUUGUAGUAUUUAUGUUGUGGUAAAAUUUCGUUAGAAGAAAGUGCGAUUUUAUUGAAUGGAUUUUUUUUAUAUUUUGCAUAUAUAAUAAAUAAUAGUACCUUAUAUUUAAUUUCGGUUAGUCCUAAGUGUCAUAUCAUUUCAACAUAACAUAUUUUCUGGCUUGAAGAAAUUAAAAGCGAUACAACAUGCAACCGGGAAACUUACACACAAUGAAGACAUCAACAGCCCUGAUGCUGUUAGUCCACUUAUCGCUUCACACGGUUGAUGAGGGCCACGCAAUAAAUCCGAGCUGCACCUGCGUACAUUUUACGUCCACUCACGGCAAAGAAAGGGGAACUUUCAGCAGUCCAGACUACCCUCGUCCUUACCCUCAGAACGCAUGUUUACUUUACACGUUUCUUGCUGAAGCUCACCAGAUUGUUGAACUUGUCUUCACGGACUUUGACAUUUACAAGGAACACAUGGAUUGCAGCAAUGGAAACUAUCUAAAAGUAUAUUCGGAGGUUGAAAUACAUGGUCCCGGCCCUCCCGGUAUUAACGAAUUUUCAGUCUGGUCCAGGAUUCUAUGUGGAAAUCGUGCUGAAGCACCACCGCCGCUAUAUUCUCAUGGACCAAUAAUGAUAUUAGAAUUUCAAAGUGGAGAGAAACCUUCCAAUGCUUCUGGCUUUAUUGGAACAUACAGGUUUAUCGAUCGACGUAACUUUGAGACGGAUGGUGUUAAAGUAUCGGGGACACAGUGUGAUUAUGUAUUUGCAUCGCAAGCAGAGCGUCCUAGUCAUGGACGACUAUAUAGUCCAAGAUAUCCUUCCAGUUAUCCUAAUAGCGUUAGGUGCAAUUAUCAUUUUAAUGCAAGAAAAAAUGAAAGAAUAAAAUUAGUUUUUGAAGAAUUAUAUCUACAGAAAGGUGAUGUAAGUUGUCUUAACCGCGGUGAUGUGAUCAAAGUUUUUGAUGGGAGAAAUUCAGUAGCACCAGUCAUUUCAAUGCUUUGUAAUGAAAUUGUAGGAUAUGAAAUCCUUUCAACGGGACCAGAGCUUUUAGUGCAGUUCUCAUCAAAUUCCAAAACACCCGGACAAGGAUUUAAAGCAAGUUACCAGUUUCUAGCGAAGGACGCCUCUAGUGCAGAAACUGAAGGUAACAAAAAGCCAAGUGCAAUGGAUGGUUAUUCUUCUGUUGGACCAGCUGUUAGCGCAACCACGUCAUCCUGUCAUCAAGUAUUCAGAUCUGAUAAGAGCAGAAGCGGCAAAUUGAUCUCGCCGUUAUACCCUUCGCCGUACCCUCAAAAGACGCAAUGUCAUUAUGACUUUCUCGCGAAAGGGCGGGAACGCGUGCGAUUAGUCUUUGAAGACUUUAAUCUACAACGAGCCAGCAGUAUUAGCGACUGCGAGAGUAUGGACUCAUUUGACGUCUUUUUGUAUGUGGACGGUCGACUCGAGAAAAUGGCGUCAUAUUGUGGCAAUGACGUACCGAAACCAAUAAUGUCGAAUGGUCCAAAGUUGUCCAUCGAGUUUAGGGGUAUAUACUCGUCAAGAUACAGCAGAGGUUUUAAGAUAGCGUACUAUUUUGUUGAAGAUUAUGCAAUCGCUACGGGAAAGCAGCUUUUGGAGUAUCCAUGUGCCUUCGUAUAUAAUAUCACGGAUCGACGAAAAGGGGUUAUGACGUCACCAAAUUAUCCGGGCCUCUACCCUAGGGACACUGAGUGCAAUUACUUCUUCCACGCUCGAAAGAACGAGAGAGUGCAUCUUAAGUUCUCACACUUUGACGUUGAGGGAGUUGUACCAUGCGAAGCUGUCUCGGCGAGUGACUACGUGCAAUUCUCUAGUCAAAUGAUAGAUAUAGAUAGUCAAAGAUACUGUGGUCAAUUGAGAGAGCUGGAUGUUGUCUCAAAGAGUAAUUUCCUGAGGGUCACCUUCCGUUCCAACGACAGACUGGAUGGAACUGGUUUCAAAGCUGAAUAUAUUUUUCUAAAGGACUCUGAAAUGCGCAGUGUCAAAUCUGAAACAAAUGGUUCUGUUGGACUUCACAUUAAAAAAGAUCAUCUAUGGAGGAACUUCUUUAGACUGUUGUUAGCUUUGAGCAUAGUUACAAUAGUAUUAUAGUAUGUAAUAAAAUAUAUAAAGAUUAAUAUAUUAUUAUUGUUAAUA